CAGCGUAAUACGCAUGUUUUGAUUUCAGCGUAUGUUACGUUCGCGUUACCAUCGUAAGAUGAUAAGUGUGUGCGUAACAUUGCGGUCAGAGCAAGCGCAAGGGGCUGUUCACUCACGACGUCGCGCCGCAAGGGCGUGUGCGCGCCGCAGAAACAAACGCGUCGUUCUGCACCCGAGGCGUCGCUGUGAUUGCCGUCUCUGCUCUCCGCCUCGAUUCCUGGACUCUGGACACCCUCCGCACUCGACGAAGCUCAGGUUUUGGGAUCCACUUGAAUCCAGCCUCGCCAUGACCGGAAGGGGCAAGAAAUCGAAGGCCGCAGCGAGUGGCGGAUCGGAGAAGCAGCCUCCCAACAAGAAGCCAAAGCCAAGUCCGUCGAUGUGGUGCACGGAGUGCUGGUCCUGGGAGACGAAGAGCAAAUGUUCCAAGGCGGGGCAGGCGAAGCACCGCUGCUUGCCCAUCUCGGAGGCCAUGGCGGAGGCCCAGGCUGCGUUCGACGUGGUCCACGAGGACAUGAAGCGCAAGGAGCAGCAGCUGCUGCAAGUCAAGACUGCCUUCGAGGAGAAGGGCGCGGUGGUGCUGGAGGCCCGCCUCGACUCGCACGAGUCGGACGGGAAAUUCUGGGUGGAAGGAGGCACCUUCCGCAUCCACCUCGCCGCCACGUCAGUCAGCGAGCCCAACAAGGAAGACCUGCUGGAGGCACUCGAAGACUCAUCCAUGAGUUUUUAUGGUGAUGAGCCAUCAUUGUCCCUCCCAAGAGAUCUGGUGAGGAAUUUGUUCGGGAAGUCGCCUAUCCGCCCGAAUGGAGUGACCCUGCCGCGUGGAACGGUUCUUAUCGAGAAGGGCUACCAUAAAAACUUCUUGCUCAAGGUGUACGAGCGGGGUGUUCUACCACAUCAGGGCGACGGGAAGAAAGUGUUCGGGCGGGUAUCUGACGAUACACUGGAAGCUUUUCAGACAUGCUGGUGCGGCGGUGGUUUCCACUGCCCCGAUAAGUUUUGUGAUCACGAAAAGGGAGCUGAAAUCGACGUUGUUGACGCCCGCUUCUUGUAAAUUUCGCUUUACAGCCCUUUCUUAUUAAGGCAUGAUAUGAUCGCAGGAAGAUUUAAUUUAAUUUUUGCAAAUAGGCAGACCAAGCCAAACCAAUGCCGUCAUUAUU